CACCGGCCGGGCGGGCGGGACGGAGCGCGCACAAAGUUUCCUGCGGAGCCCGCGGGCGGCGGCAGCGAUGCCCGUGCUGCGCGGAGCGCUGGGGCUGCGCGGGCGCCGCCGGCCUUAGGGGAGCGAGAGCGGCGCGGGGCGCGGCAGCGAGCCCCCGGCCCGUCCUCUCCUCCGGGCGGCCAGGAGGAAGCGCCCCGGGCACGGACGGGGGAGCGGCACUGCCGGAGCGCGGGGAGGGGGACCGGCACCGCGGGGCCAGCCGCGCCGGCAGAGCCGGGGGGAAAGAUGAGCUUGUUGUCAACCAUCGACACCAGCGCCGCGUCCGUGUACCAGCCCGCCCAGCUCCUCAACUGGGUCUAUCUGUCGCUGCAAGACACGCACCAGGCCAGCGCCUUCGACGCCUUCCGACCCGAGCCCUCCUCGUCCCAGCACCCCGACCUCGGCUACACCAAGAGCACCCCGGAGCUGGGCUCCUCGCUCAGCUCCAGCUAUCUCAACAGCUUCUUCCAGCUCCAGCGGAGCGAGGCUCUGAGCAGCAGUCUCUACAAGAGUGCAUCACCUUAUGGCUCCCUUAAUAACAUCGUGGAUGGGUUAAGCUCCCUCACUGAGCAUUUCUCUGACCUAUCCCUUUCUUCAGAAGCCAGAAAACCCAGCAAGAGGCCACCUCCUAACUACCUGUGCCACCUCUGCUUUAACAAGGGACACUACAUCAAAGACUGCCCCCAGGCUCGUCCGAAAGGAGAAGGCCUGACACCGUACCAGGGCAAGAAACGCUGCUUUGGUGAAUAUAAGUGCCCCAAAUGCAAGAGAAAAUGGAUGAGUGGAAACUCCUGGGCUAACAUGGGACAAGAAUGUAUCAAGUGCCACAUUAAUGUUUAUCCUCACAAACAGAGACCCCUGGAAAAGCCGGACGGCCUGGAUGUUUCAGACCAGAGCAAGGAACAUCCUCAGCAUCUGUGUGAGAAGUGCAAAGUUUUGGGCUACUACUGCCGCCGUGUGCAAUAAACCUUCCAAGUGGCCUCUUCCCAUCCCCGUCAUCCUUAAAGAUUCUCUGGCAGCAUGUGAUCAACAGCAGCACAACAGAUCAAGAUAAAAGCUGAAAUAAUUGCCAAUAUUGCCUAUCUAAUAAUAUGCCUUACCAUUAAUAGAAUGUAACAUUUCUCCUGUGCAUGUGCAUGCAUGCAAUAGGUAUUUACAGGACUAUGAUUUGUAUACAUAUAUAUGUAAAUUUAUAUGUGUACACACAUGAAGUGUUACUGAGGUGUUCACAACAGAACUACAGUUACAGGUUCUGCUGAUUGUUUACACAGACCCUAUAUCACAGCCAGGUGAAAUGAAGUACUUUUCAUAAGGCAAGGGAUAAUAUUCACAAGGAAUAUUUGUUACGUGUUUGGCUUUUGCAGAGGUUCAGUAACUGUGGGGCCACUAAUUGCAAGCACUCACCCACAACACUGUUCUUAUUAUAUGACAAGACAAAGGAAGAUGAAACAAGCCACAGCAUAAAAGGAGAAUUACUGCUUUCCCAGUUUUAGAAAGUCUUAAGUUUUGUGCUGCUGAUUUCUUGGACUUCUAUUUGUUACCAUCUCUUGGGCAGGGCUUAGGCAAAAUAAUUUUUGCAGGACAUGGAAAAAAAAGUGAAUAAUUGUUUGAGGGUGUGGGUUGGGUAGAAAGGGAAUGCCAUAAGAUUCCAAGAGGUUUUUGGAGGAGACAAAAUUGGCUUGCUUAUGCAACCAGAUCCUUCUCUUGUCAUAUAAUCCCACUGACAUGACCCCUUCUAUGUGCAUGUCAUGUUCAUUAGGCCACAAGCACACUAAAUUUACUAUGAAUAAGGGGAUAAGAAUACUUAAAACUGACCCUAAAACCCUUAACUGAAAGAUUAGCCAAACUUACUAUUUAUAGCAGUUUUAAAGCCACUUUCUGGAAAUAUUUUUAUGUCCUGUUCUACUAUAGAAAUUUGUUAUAAUAUGCAACUUGUUAGCCAUAGGGGUGUUUUGAGGCAUGGAGAACAUUCUAUGUAGCCCUCUUUCUUUAUGUCUUCCUGAAGCACCUACAUACCUGGGGAGAAAUUUAGGAAUUCUGUUUCACUGUCCCAUUUCAGGUAGAACUUUGCACAGGGAUGGCCUGCUGCAAAGAACAUCUCAUCAGGGAUUGGCAAAUAUAGACUGAAAGUACCUCGAGACGGUAUCCUGUUUGUUUGUCUAUGUGAGAGUACAUUGGCAAAAGGACACAACAAGCAAUUUGUAGCAUUCACUAAAAACUUAAGAGGGAUAAUGUUGGAAGUUGGGGGGGUUUACAUCAGCAGUUUAUAUUUUUAUGAAGUUUUCUUUAGGCAGAUUGAUUUCUGUGAAUGAUACUUAGAGAAAAUACUUUAAAUCCUAAAUAGCUUGAUGUGAACUAAAUUUAUUUUGAAGUUCCCUAAUGCAAAGACAGCAGGGGGUUUAUGCCAAGUGAUAGCAGGAUGUUACCAGUAUGUCAAGACAAGCUCUUACAAAGCAAGUAGAAAACUUACCAUGAGCAUUCACCUAGGGUAGGUGAUGCUCCUGACAAAUUUGCUCCUGGGUGAAACUGUUGCCAUUUCCCUGCUUUGCUAUAAGCAGGGCAAAAUUGCAUCUGCUUGUUCGGUGGGAGUGGCAUGUACACAUCUUGCAAUCUCCAUUACUUUUGGGCAGCCCAGGUGAGCCAGCCUGCUGGUCACAGCAGUGCAUGAGCAGCCUGACUCCUGGCUUCUGACCACAGCUCUUCUGUAGCUCCCUGAUUCUGGGCAAGUCACAUCAUCCUUCUGGACCUCAGUUUCCCCAACUGCAAAAUGGGGGUAAUAAUACUUUUGCAUACCUACCUCACAGGAGAGUUGUGAGGUUUACUUAAUAUCUCUUAAGUGUUUUGGCAUCACUGGAUGAAAAGUGCUAUGUAAUGCUAAAAUAGAAUUAACUGAAUUAAUCACUUGGAAGCUACUUUUGCCCAGUUGGCAACUCCAACUAAAAUAGCUGAAAAUAAUAUUAUUGAAAGUAACACUAAUAAACAGUUCAGUUGCCUCAGUGAAGAUAUGCAGUUUUAGCAUUUUCAAAUGCAAACACAUUCUUUUGCACAGAUUCACAAAUUAACUUAGAGACAAAUUCUCUCAACAAAGAUACUAAUCUGUCUAUACAAAUAAGAAAAUACACACGCAAAUCUAGGGGUGGAUUUUCUAAGCUUGACCUCUAGGAUUAAUCUCAAUAGUUUGUUUCAAGCAUGAGUAAUUUUGAAAGAGCAGCAUUUUAAACCAGAUCUAGUUUUUUCCCCUUGAGUACUUAAUAGUACAUGAACAAAAAAACACCUCGAUGGUUUACAUCUAUCUAAAGAACAUGUAGAGAAACCCCCUUAGAUGAAGAUAAGGGAAAAUGUUAUUUUAUUUUCUCCCUGAAACUAAAAUGUUGCUAUCAAACAUUUUGUUCAGUAUUGAAAUAAGCUCCAUGUUACGAUAACCACUAAAUCCAGUAAAAUAGCACAACUCUUGAUAUAGCUGUAUCACUAUAUCACACACCACCAGGUUCUGACAAAAAGCUGACUAAAAUAUACCAUUAUAAGCAUUGUUAUUUUCAUGGCAGUGCCCUAUUAAGAAUUGUUUAUCCAGAUUCAACACUGCAAGGCAAUGCCUUUAGCUUAUGGAUUUUUAGAUUGUACUAAAAAUACACAUGAUCUACUUUAACACAAUUAAUGUCUAUAGGUGUAGCAUAAUAAUUCUUAAGAGCAUACUUAUGAGAGUUCAGUAUUUAUAUUAUUGAUGUGUUCCUAGGCAGAAGACAUAUAAAGUAUUUAAGUAAUACUUAGCAUAUUUGUAACAAAGAGGAGAGCAGAUUUCCCCCUGCACUCGUGUUUGGGAGGAGCAGCUGAAGGACACAGAGUGUGGAAAAGCAAGAAGCGACACUGCCAUAAGUUGUGCUAAGCCAGAGGCCGCAGACGCGGCCGGCGCGGGAUGCUGGAUGCAUCAUCAGCACGGGGCACCCCUUCCCUGCACAGGGCCCAACUGCCUCCCCAAAGCUGAGGCUGGGGAAGGCAGGAGCACCAAGCCCAGCCCAAGGGAGGAUUCCUCCAUCCCUCCCUGCAGGACUUCGCUCGUAGGAUUGGAGUGUUGGGCCCGAGGCAUUCACUCCGCGCUCGAGUCCGUGCAGUUGGAGAUGCUGGAAAAACACAUCUGCAUAAGUAAUUGUGUGUAACAGCUUAUGACCAUUGGCUUUUAGUUAGUGGCACAGAAGGGACAUUUCUGAAUUUUCAUUUCAAAGGAAAGAAAGAUUACAAAAUGUAGAUUUCUUCUAUUCCCUCCCUCUCCACGCAAAGGUAAUUCACCUAUAGAUGUAACCAGCUCUUUCCAAAACAGAAAUAAAAAGGUAAAUGUGCAGAUUUUUUACUGGAAAAAUUAAGAAUUGAUUUCUCUUUUAAAUUUUAGUGACUGCUUUCUGAUGUUCUCUAACUAGCUCUGCAUUUAGAGCAUCAGCAAGCAAUCCUUGAAGGCAUUAGUAGACAGUAUUGGCAGAAGUGAAGCAAGCAUCAAUAAAAAGUUCUAAAUCAGUACAGGCCUCCCUAAACUGAGUAUUCUUUAGGGGUGUACCUGAGAGCAGUUUGGCUCUGUGCAUUUAUUUGGCAAACUGGAUUUUCAAACUCAGAUGCUCGCUGUUGACAGCCCAGUAAUAUCCAGAACACUAUUUUUCUUUAAUUUUCACCCUUUUGGAGAUCUUUUUAAACUCUCAUUUAUUUAUUUAAAAACAACAACAAAAAACCAACUGAACAAAAAAAAAUACCCCACAAUUUGUUUUGUGAGUUGGUCAUAACAUUUCAUAUCAAAUUUGGCAUUGGCACUCCUCUGGAAAAAUGGUUGAGUAAUUUGAAAUGUGUGUUGUAGGUUUUUAGCUGCUUUAACUUAAUGAUGCUACAAUGAAGUUAUUACAAAUACUUCAUUUAAGGGUGAUGAAGAAAAAUCCUAGUAGUUUAAAGGAUGGCCCCAUUUUAGCCAGUUUCUACUGCUGCUACCACAGAUGUAAAACGAUGCCACACAAGCAACGUUUGAGGCCUUUUUGUCUCAAAGUUGCUAUUUAAUUUCAGAUAAAUACACAAGAGUAUAUAUUAUUUCUGAAAAUAGGUGUAUUUUGAAGUUCCCCAUUAUAUGGGACUUAGUUUUUAAACUAAAAAUGUGAAGUUACAUAUGUCUGAGAGAAGCCUUAUACCUAGAAGUAUUAUCAACAUUUUACCUUGUUGUAUAACACGAAAUUUAUAUUAUGCACGGAUCGUAUACUUGUGACACACUAGCAUUUUUUAAAAAAAGAAGCCACCUUAAAAGAUGAAAAGUUUAGAGCUUUUGGAAAUGUCAGACUUCAUAGAUUAGUGCUCUUUGUCCUGCAGUCACAGAUUUAUUUUCUUUUUUUCCUGGAUUUAUUCUGGAUCCUAAGAGUUGUCCACUGAACAGUAAGCAAUAAAUCAUCAACACAUGUUUUUCAAGUUAAGUAGAUAGACAUAUAUUUUCCACUUGCCUUUGCCAACAUACUUUAAAACGUGAUGGAACUAUCCCCAUAGAAAAAUCAUUCUCUCAGAUAUCGCUCCACUCCCAACUGGGCUUCACCCCAUAUCUCUUUCUUAUCUGCAAAACCAGUGCUGUCCAUUGAGUUUGCUAUAUCACUCAAGUGCUCAGAGGGCUGUUUGAGAUCUUAGAUAUAGGGAUGAUGGAUUGUGUUUCUAGGAUGAAUUUCAAAGGGACAAUCGUGUGCAGUUACUAGCUAUAGAUGAUUGAUAUAAAUGUUUACCCCUGUAUGAAGUAUUUUACAGUUUUACUUGCAGAUGUGUAUUUAUCUUGAGUUAUACUUGACAUAGAGUUUCUUUCAAUUUUUUUUUUUUUAAUACUAUGUGUGUAUUUUGGAAAACUUUUUAGAUGUUAAAAUUUUUGAAUGGUUACAAAUAUUUCUUAUAGUACUGAAUUGUUAUCUGGAAACUCUUUGCAGUAACUUUUUUGUAUAUAUUUGAGGGCCUUUUUAAAAAAAGUAUUGUUUGUUUUUUGGGCAAAGUUUUUACAAUUGGGAAGCUUUCAGAAGGGCCUUCCUCUCAACUAGGAUACUAACAGAGGUAAGAGUUUUCUUAAGUAUUUUGCAGUAUUUUGCAGAACUAAGGAUGUAUCCUCAAGAAAAUAUUUAUGGAAAUAAUUUACUUUUUUUUUUUUUUACAAUGCUUUUGUCUGUAUAAAGUAUGCAACAGAACUACAUUAAGAAGGAAAUAUUGUCUACAUAAAAUAUUAUAUGAAAGUUGGUACAUAAUUCUGACAAAAAACCUUGCAAUUCUUUAAGCCAUAUUGUUUUUGUUAUCCUUGGAUGAAAAUAUCAGUAUUAAGUAACCAGUGUAUUAUUCAAGUGCUUAGACUUAUAUGAAAAUGCUUAUACAGUUUAUUUAUGUGUAUUUGGGGAAGGAGAAAAGCUAUCACUAGACAUGUAGCAAGUGAGGAGCAAAUAACAGUAUACUGUCACUUUAUGGCCUUGUGAGAGACACAGAAGAUGUUGAAAGCACCGUGGAGACUCGGCUUUCAGAAACUCUGAAGCACAAGUGGUGGGUUCCAAGUGGUGCCUCUUCCCUUCCCCAUAACUGGGGGGAAGAAAGUUGGUUGGGACGCUGUUUAACUUGACUUUCACAACUCUUUGCAGACUGUGAGCUCAGCUAUGCAGUAUCAUCUACAGCAAUAAUAUCAAUCAAAGGAUGUAAGAGAAAAGGAUUGAAGUAGAUUAUUGUAGGGGUUUAUGUUUAUUUUAAUUAGAACUCAUAGCAAUAUAGAAUAUGCAUGUGCACGUAUUCGAAGCAUUUUACACUUUACAUUUCAUGUAGUUUGAUUAUAUUAUGAAGGAUUGAGUUUUUAAUUUGAUAUUUUACCAUGCUAAAAUGGGAGGUCUGCCCAGGCCUGUACUGGAUUCUUGUUUCCUUUAAAAGGUUAUUUAGUACAGCACUCACUGCAUUGUGUAAUAGUGCUAAAACUAACACUAUUUUAUGAAUUUCUUCAGCUUUAAAAAAAAUUAACCUAAUGAUUAUUACAUUUGUUUAGCUGUACCCACUGACCUUGUCAGAUUCAGUUGGCAAAUUGUGUAAUUUCUUUUUCUGUAACUGUUAAUAAACUUGUACAGCUAAAACAAACAAAACCUAUGGACAAAGGCCUCAGAGGUACCAGUUCUGUUUCAGCAAUCAAGAUGACAGCUUGCUCAUCUGGUGACUGUGUUGCUAACAAGACUGUAAAACCUCUGUUGUGGAUUGUCCAUAAAAUGGCAUUCCGACAUGUGCCUUAUUUGCUGGAUAGUAUACAGCUUUCCUCUAGUAUUCUAGCAUUUUAAUGCUGUAUUAAAGUAUUGCAAAAAAACCCA